GCAAAAUGAGAACCUAGGUGGCAUCACGACGAGAUACUUUGACGGUGCUUCAGAAGAUAUCUGUGAGUUUUUCCGGAGGAGUUUUCAAUUUCUCGACUGGUUAUUGUCUAUAGAGGUUUUGUGUGCAACAGGUCUGAAAGAUGAGUUGCAACAGCAGCGAGGCGUCUUGGAUCAUCAAAAAGGUCCCCGACGAUCUCUACGAUGAUAGAACGGAGGACGACGAUAACGGAGUUGAUGGCCCUCCACCGGUGGUGUGCCAAGAGACUACGCAGUUCAUGGAGCCGGAGGCUCUUCCGACUGAGUGGGUCAACGAGUUGCCAUUUCAAAGUUCCCAGGUUCAUUCGGGUUCGUGGUCAUCCUAUCGUGGGGAAUACGAUCAUCUGAUCGAGUUCAAUUCGAAAAAGAACAAGUUCGAAAUUCAGCAGCACUGCCGCUGGUACCAAGAUACUUCUACUUGUUUGUUGUUUUUUUUGGUUCCAUUUCGAAAGACAACUUUUGCGCACAACGUCACGUUUAUUUGGCCGAGUAUUUUUACCCUGUUGAGUUCUUGCAGUGCUUACAGAAGAAAAAGUCUUGCUCCGCCUCCACCUCGCAUUCACUGAGCACCCUGUGCGUCCCGAAGGUAUUGCUAUGCGGAUGGUGAUCUACAGAGAUGGGGCAGCUUCGCGAUUCGGUGCCGGCUGUGCCGUAACGCAAAGCGGAAGCACAUGGAGUUUGACCGGCAGCAUGAAAGCCUGGAGCAGCACCGGCAAAAGAUGGCCGAACGGGUCAACAUGCAAAGGCACACCAUCGACCUGAUGCGCGACCCUAUCCGGCACCCCGACGACGGAACUUGGCUGCCCGCGCGGGGAGUGCAGCCGAAGUGGCACACGCUGGAAGGCCGAUAUCCGAUGAUAAACACCGCAGCAGCAUCGACAUCCACGUCUUGUUCCCAAGGGAGCCAGCAAGAACCAGCCACCUCCCACCUCGCCCGCUGCUUCGACCCCGCGCGGCCCUUCGUGCACGCUCCCUGGCUGAUGGUGAUUCGGGUGCCGGACCAGGUGUACACGUGCUCGAUGGUGCCCACGCUCCGGUGUCUCCACUGCGGACCUGGGGGCGACGUCGUCUUCAACGAAGACCUCUUCCACAAGGCCCUGCGCGCAAAUCUUAGCGUCAGUGCAGCGUCUCACAUCUUGACCGAGCUUGACCAUGGUACAAAGUAAUUCAUUGCAAUGGCAAGCCUCAAAGUUUUUGGCUCCCAUUAUCUCGACUCACUUGGAAUGAUAUCUAUCAUUUCGCAAGCUAUCAGCAGGGUCAAACUUCCACUACCUCCUCAACAGGUCUGCUCAAGCCGAGAACGCACACGAAGAAGCAUAUCACGAGUAAAAGGCUGCAUCUGGUUCAGUCCCUAAGCACCUCGGCUGAAAUUUUUCCGGCUUUAUUUCCAUGCAUAGAAGAGCGUUUUUGCAAUAGCGAUUCCGUCAUUGCGCGAGAGUCCACACCACAACUCACCAAUCGAUCAUCUUCUGUGGGUCACUCUUAUGUAUGAUAUAAAAUUGAAUUCGGGAACAAGCUCUAGUCGGGCCUACAUCUGUACACGCUUAGAGGUGUCUGAUGGUGAUAGUUCCCCGUGGCUUUUUCUUAGAAUAGGUUGGUGGAUCUACACGGACGAAGGUGCCAUGGACCGCGAAGCCACUGCAGAACGCGAGAAGGUAGAGCAAGAGCGCGAGCAGUGGAUUCAGAAGGACCCGCUAUUCUACCGAGUUAAAGUCGUUGCGCCACCACAGGUAAAGUGGGAUUUUGGUUUGAGUCAGGGGAUUGUCAUGAACUCCCGCCGAAAAUGAUUCCAGCUUUGGCUCAGUUUUGUACUUGUGCUGUCAUCGCGAACAAAGAAAAACAAAAGCUAUAUCCAUGAAUCACGUCUACAGCUAGGAACAUCAUCCAACCAAAGUUCUAUGCCCUUUCCACCGCAACCGCUGCAAGGUACCACUGCAGACUGCGAAUUUGGGAGUCGGCCGGUCCAGCAGUAGCCUUUCCGCCGGGGAUCCGCGCGUGGCCGCAGCUCCCACGAGCCAAGACCUUGCGGACGGAGGCGUCCAUGUGGUAGACCAGGGACAGAUUACUUCUCCCGAUUUGGACGUGUACGCCGUGGUGGACAAAGACGGUCGCGCUAUGACGCGAGCGGACCGUGAUGAAGAACGGCGCCUGGUCGACCGGGAACGGAGGAGGCGCGCGAAGGAGUCCAGGCGGACAGAGCGGCGGGAGGAAAGAAAGAAUUCCAAGUUAAUGUUGUUGUCCGAAGCAGGAGCAGACGACCUCGACCCGUCCAACUCCUGCCAGAGGUCGUCUGCUUCGUCGAAGCAGAACAAAAAGCACUCGAAGAUUGGGAAGGACAAGGACCGCAGAAAUAAGCACGGCUCUUGGGAGGAGGAAGAUAGUUUGUUGCAAUACGUGGAGGACAAAAUGAGCAGCAAGACUGAGCAAAAGAGGAGAAAACAUCACAAAUACAUUGUCGCUUCCUCUUCCGAAAGCGAAGGUGAGCGACGCUCUUUGCGCGGUUCUGCAACCGCAUCGCGGUACGGUCGAAUGUCCUCUAGUCGCCGUGAAGAUAAAGGUUUUCCUCUGGACCCGGACGCAGCAAAGUUAACUACGAAGAGAACUGCUCAGCCUGCGCAGUGGAACAAUGCAGAGAAAACGCCAGCAGUAGUGGCGCGCGAUCAUCUUACCAAGAGCAACGACGACCUGUGGGACUUUUCGGACUCUGACACGAUGGAAGACCCGAAAAACUCUAUGUCUUCCGAGCGAAUCACCAGUAACUUCUUCGAUACCACUAUUGACAACAUGAAAUCGAAGACGGAGAACAUUGACACUACAUUCGAUGAUUACGUCACCAGGGGUUGCAAAGCGUGGAACUCCGACAUAAGGAGCUAAUAGCCAUGAGGCACGAAAAAAGUACGUUCUAUCCUAGGUGAAGCUACUCGCACGAUCCCAAACAAAAAUCAAACAGAUCGCUUAGCAGCUUGUUGCAUCCACAGCAUAAGUUUAAGUAAGUUUCGAUGCGGUCUUCUUAAACCGAUAACUAAGGUUAUUGUUGAACGGACACUCCACCGCCACCCAUUCGAAAACGCAUCUGGUUGUUUAUAAAAUAUGUCAUUGAAGAUGCGAAGGCAGCAGAACCAAGGCGGAU